AUGGAAAUGCUGACUGUCUUAGCAGGCUUCCAAUACCCGGAGACCGGCCGGAGAUCGAGCCGCCUAGGCGACGUCCUUAUGCUGGAAGCAGUUGAGUACCCGCCUGAAUGGGUCAUGUCCGGCUGGCCUGAACAAGGUGUGCCUCCAGAGUAUGCCGCCUAUCAGCACUCCACGCCACACACGGAAACGGGGAAAACGCCAGCAGAACUCAUGCUGGGAAGGAGCUUCCGUUCUGCCCUGUCAAGCAUGCAGCCCGACGCCAACGACGCAGGGUGUACGAGACAGCCAAGGUCGACAUUCCAACGUGGUGAUCCUGUGUACGUGCGGAACUUCUCUCGUGGUCCAAAAAAGGAAGAGCUUUCUGCGCGGCCAAGACCAGUCGAUAGUCGAUGUAAGCAUGUGGCACAUUUCGACGUGGCGCUUUGUGAGGAGCGGCAUCCAGAAGCAUGUGGUUUUUGUGGUUGCGGUAGAGUGUGUUUGUUUCGCGUUGCUGCCGAAGACCAGGCGCAAAAUGCUGCUCCUGUAAUUCAGAUAGGCUCCGGUCUGGUGUCGGGUCUGCAAUUCGAUCUCGAAGGGAAAAUCGUGGACGCCUACCUCGGGAUACCCUAUGCGCAGCCGCCUGUCGGAGAGCUCAGAUUUAAAAAGCCGAGACCAGUUUCACCGUGGGACGGCAUCUACAACGCGACGGCUAAGCCAACGCCUUGUCAUCAGGUGCCAGUGCCCUUACUUGGACUGACCAAGUUGAACUACGCCAACGCAUCCGAAGACUGCUUGUACGUUAACGUGUGGAAGCCAUCGCAGCCUGGCUGCUCGAAACAGCAAAACUGCACUAAAGAACUUCUUCCAGUUUUCGUGUAUUUUCACGGAGGCGCCUUUCAGUGGGGCGACUCGUCGCUGCUAGUUUACGAUCCGGCGAACUUUGUGGCACUGACAGACGUCGUCUUCGUGACGUUCAAUUACCGCCUGGGAAUCUUCGGAUUCUUAUCCCUGGAGGCGCCGGAUAUGCCGAGUAAUGUGGGCAUCUGGGACCAGCACAUGGUGCUCCAGUGGGUGCGUGACAACAUUGCAAGCUUCGGAGGUGAUCCCCGCCAAGUGACCAUCGGCGGACAGAGUGCGGGGGCGACAUCGGCGGCUCUGCAUGCCGCGUCUCCACGAAGCAAGGGACUCUUCAAGCGAUUAAUCACACAGAGUGGAUCGCCGCUUUCCAUGGUGUUGAGCAUCUUCUUCAGGGGUGAAGGGAAAUUUAUAAAUACCGCCGUCUUGUUGGGUUGCUAUGACGUUAAGAUGGCAUUUAGCGAGCAGCGUAAGCAGGUCAUCAGCUGUCUUCGUAAACUCGAUGCAAGCUUCAUUAUGCGAAAAAUCGAAAACCUUGAAUUUUUGCAGCAACUUUUUGCACCCUUCGACAAGGACGACUUCCUUCCCUUUUCUGUUCUGUCUCCAGAGCCGUGGAAACAACUGCACGUGGAAGACGUGCUGCUGGGAACCACCACUGACGAAGGAACAAUGUUUUUUAGCUUCCUCGCCGACUCAUUUCCUCAGGCAACCGAAGUAUUGGCCACGCAGUACAGAACUGUUGUAACAGUCGUUAUAUCUCAGGCUAUGAACAUCCCUAUGUCGGCUGCAAAAGAACUUGUACUUGCUUAUUUCGGAGGACACGAAGUUGAGCACAGCUACAGCGAAGUACGCGACAUCAUCUGCGAAAUUUUCGCUGAUGCUGUUUUUAACUGUCCUACGCAGCUGUUUGCUGACAGUGCGGCUGAGCAGGGAAUAAGGACGCACCGUUACUUGUUCGCUUACAAGUCGACGCACAGCUUUUUCCCGAAGUGGAUGGGUGUGGCACACACCGAAGACCUUUUUUACACUAUGGGAUCGCUACCAUUCCUGAGAGACAAAAGCCGUUACACCGACGUUCUUGGCUCGUUGGGAAAGAGGUACUUGGCAACACAGGACUACACAAGCGAGGAAGAGCAGUUUAUGAAGGAUGUCGUCAGCGCUUGGGGCGCCUUUGUGCGAUCAGGGAAACCGACGAUUCCACGUGCCGGCGUGGUCUGGCCCUCAUACGGUGUCGAUAAGCGUCAGAUGCUACUUCUGAGGCCAGACAACUUCACCAUCGUCAACGACAUGAAAACAGACCGCUGUGCCCUCUGGAAGCCAAUACUUUACAGGAAAGAUGCCCAGGAGGUUCCAGUGACAAGUUCAACCACGACUGCAAAGACAAAGAAGCACGGUAGUCCGCAGUUGGGGAAGACAAAGCCUACUCACCAAAAACCAGAAAACAGCGCAUCGAAAUCCUACCAAAGCUCCAUCGCAGUGUCCUUCAUGGUGCUGUCGUCACUUGCAGCCCUUCCUCUGUUGCAGUCAAACAUUUGUCUAAAACAUGCAGCACCUUGCACUCUCUCCGCCGUUCGCCAUUCACAAGUAAGAAAGGAGGCUAAGGUACCGGUUUUCAUUUCUCUCUCAAAUAAGCGCGCUUUGCACCACAGACAGGCACUGCGCUGGGUUCAGCGCAAUACUGAAGUCGUGAUGCAAACUCCAGCUUCCCGCGAGCCUAGUUUUUCUAACAGAGCGAAGUGGUUUUACGAUGCGUUCGAGAAAUGGCCAGUGAUAAUCCUUCUUUUGGCAGCCCAAGUUGUCUAUUGCAGCGAAGAAAGUUUCUCCAAGCCUGCGCCGAUUGUUAUGACUGGCUCAGGACCCGUCUUGGGUAAAGUUAUUACUGUAGGUAACAGGUCAAUCGAUGCCUUUUUGGGCAUACCAUAUGCAAGACCUCCUGUCGGAGAACUUCGCUUCAGAAAGCCCGAGCGCGUUUCGCCAUGGAAUGGAACAUACCAAGCAACGGCAAAACCCCCGGCCUGCUGGCAGACUACGCUGCGCUUUAUCGAGGAAGCUCCGUUGAACUAUUCUACCAGCGCUUCGGAGGACUGUCUUUACCUCAAUAUCUGGAAGCGAUCGUCCACCUGCCCCGGUUCAACAACCUGCAACGACAAAAGGCCAGUCGUCGUCUUCAUUCACGGCGGAGCUUUUCAGUGGGGCGAUUCUGCCCUCUUCGUGUAUGAUGCGGCCAACUUUGUUGCGCUGUCAGAUGUAGUGUUUGUGACUUUCAAUUAUAGAGUGAGCAUUUUCGGAUUUCUCUCUCUCGGGAGGCCUGAACUGCCAGGAAAUUUUGGUCUCUGGGACCAACACCUUGCUCUGAACUGGGUACGGAAAAACAUCGCAAGCUUUGGCGGUGAUCCAGAGGAAGUGACCUUAAUAGGUCAAAGCGCUGGAGCAAUAUCGGUGGGCUUGCAAGCAGCCUCUCCGAAGAGACAGGGUCUAUUCAAAAGGGCCGUCCUGAUGAGCAGUACUCCACUCUCCAUCAUUCUCGGCUUCUCGCAUAGGGGCAUGGGAAAAUUCAUUCACAUCGCAGGCGCGUUGGGGUGCUAUAAUUCGAGAAAAAGCGUCGACGAGCAACUCGACAGUGUCAUGUCAUGCUUACGCAAACUUGAGCCAUCGUUUAUUAUACGAACCAUAGAAACACUGGAUCCCACUAGCCAGGUAUUCGCACCCGAGUACGGCGACGAAUUUUUUCCGGAGCACCCAUUGGCAGCGAAAACGUGGACGAAGCUUUCUUUCGAGCAAGUUAUUCUGGGAACCACGGCAGACGAAGGCACGCUUUUGUUGGACAAUAUCCAGUAUUCUUCUCCUGCGCUGAAAAAGUUACUGGCCACCGAAUACAGGCUGGCUAUAACCAUCGCUAUGCAGCCCCUCUUCGGGAUUUCCAUAUCCCGCGCGCGACCUAUUGUCGAAGCUUACUUCGGGGGACCAGACGUCCAGCACACAAAUGAAAGCAUAGUUCGCACUGCCAGUGAGCUCCUCGGUGACGGUGUGUUUUAUUGUCCUGUGAAACUGAUGGCAGAUGCCGCAGCUCGGCAAGGGAUCGACACCUAUCGGUACUUGUUCGCGCAUAGGGCAUCGCAUAGUUUCUGGCCCAAAUGGAUGGGUGUCACCCACGGUGAUGACGCCAUGUACCUGUUAGGGUCACUGCCUUUCAUGAAGGACAAGAGCCGCUACACCAAAGCCCUCGGCGACGGGGGACAGAACAGGCUUCAGCAGCUCGACUAUACCCCUAAGGAAGAAAACUUCAUGCACCAAAUUGUGGCCGCCAUCAACUCCUUCGUCAUCAAUGGAAAACCUCAGCUUCCCGUCUCUGGAAAGGAAUGGCCCCGGUACACUCCGGCUGAUCCUGCUGUGCUCCAGCUUCAGCCUGGAAACAUUUCUGAAGUGAAAGAAAAGAAAGACAAAUGUGAACUAUGGCGAGAAUAUCUUCUGAUGAGAUAGGUUCUGACUAACACAUAGUUUGUAAACCACCAGUCAUUUUGCGACAUAAUUUCAACAUGUCUAUAUAUCAUCGGGCAUAUAGCGCAAUUACGCCUCAUCAGGUAAAACCUCUUGAAGAAACGGACAUUGCUCGUAAAUGUCGCAAUGUGAAACAGCGUAACAGACUAAAUACUGCAAAUUAAGCUUCCUAUUUUUUUGUAAUAUAUAUUAAAAUUGCAUGUUAGAAAUUGCAACAUGGAAGUGUAUAUUACCAUUGCGGAAGUAAUGCCAUUCAAUACACGAAGUAUGCUGAUUCACCGAAAAUUCGGAGACCAUAAUACGUCGUUAUUUCCGUCGCCGAUAUUUUCUGUGAAAUAGGCUACUCUUACACUUACUACUUCUGCUUAAAAGCUUAGCUCGCGCACUGCGAAACAAAACUGAAAUGUCACUUCACUUUGUAGCACAUGGGGGACGGAUAUCACAAGACUGGUGCUAGCUUCAUCAGUUUAUUUAUUGAUAUUGAUUGCAAUUGAUUGAUUGAGGGAUGGAGUUUGACGUAUCAAAGUAACACAGGGAAGGCACCAAAUGUCUUGAAAAGCACAGCACCAAAGCGUUCUUGCACUACAAAUUCCCGAGAAAUCUAAUUGUAGACUUCGCGCGCAUAUUGGGAGCGUCAUAAACACUGAGCCUCUGCAAGAAGCACCUCAUGAUUGCUGCUAAAUGAUCAUGACGUCAGUAGUGCUAGGCCUUAUUAGAAUCACUUCAUCACGCACACAACAAUGCGCUACAUACACAUAGUAUAUGCAGGAGAAUGUGUGCAAUCACAUGUGCCAUAAUUAUAUAAGUCGAAGAACAACUGGUGAAAUCUUGUUAUGCCAUUGCCUUUUGCGAUUAGAGAUAUCCGUCUCUUUGAGGUUCAUGAGGUGAAUUGUACUAACUAUAUCCUUAGGGCAUUCCUUCCACAAUUAAGUGCAUGUGUGAGAAAUAAAAAUA